UUGAAUUUAGCUUACAACACCGAACUACCCCAGUUGAAGUUACAAAUAUACCCCGAACAGUUCACCAAUAACCCAUUAUCAACAACGGUCACGAGGGCAUAACAGUAACUCCACCCCUCACAUCAAAAUUACCACCGCUAACCGUAGCAAACCACCACCGGAACGAAACCAAAUUCCUCUCUUCUUUCUCUCUGUCUGUCUCUGAACGAGAUCCGACCAACCCUAACCCUGAUUCCCAAUUACUGAUUCCUCUGAUUUCGCCGUAGCGACGAUGGGCGAUUUCAACCUCGCCCUGGUGAUCGUGGCGGUGGUGGUCUGCGUGAUCGUGUUCCUCGUCAACGUGUACCUCUUGGUCAACUAUCAGCAUCCCGACGAUGCCAACCAGGCCUACUUCCCCAAAUUCGUCGUCGUUUUGGGCCUCUCUAUCGCCGCCAUCUCCAUCCUCAUGCUCCCCGCCGACGUGGCUAACCGCCAUGCUUGCCGCCACGCGAUCUACAACGGGGCAUGCAACCUCACGCUUCCCAUGAAGGACCUCUGGCUCGCCGUUUACAUCGUCGACGCCAUCCUCGUCUUCUUCGUCAUCCCAUUCGCCAUGUUCUACUACGAGGGCGACCUUGACAAGAGUAUGGGGACGAGGAUUAAGAGUGCGUUAAUGUGGAUGGUCACCACGGCAAUAGUGUGCGCCCUCCUUCUGGGUAUUUUAUACGGGCUGGUUGGUAAGGUGGACUUUACUGUCAGGCAUCUCUCUUCAUCCACAACUGCAUUUCCUAGCACAUGGACAUUCAAUAGUAAUGAACCAUGUAUUAAAAAUGGUGUCCAUCAGUGCUCAGCUUACUCUGCCAGUCCUUCGUCAGAGCAAACAUGGACCAUGCGUACUACCUUCCCAGAAUAUGUUGUUGCACUCGCUACUAUUGUUGGAUCUGUGCUUUUUGCUAUAUUUGGCGGUGUUGGUAUUGCAUGUCUUCCAUUAGGACUUCUAUUUUCAUUUAUUCGGCGUCCAAAAGCUGUUAUCACUCGAUCACAGUAUAUCAAGGAAGCCACUGAACUAGGUAAAAAAGCAAGAGAAUUAAAGAAAGCAGCUGAGGAUCUCCGUCAGGAAGAAAAGGGUGGUUCAAAGGGUAGAAAGUUUCGUAAAAAUGUGAAGGCAGUCGAGAAGGAGGUGUUUCAAUUAGAAGAAGACGUAAAGCUCCUUGAAGAGAUGUAUCCUCAAGGGGAAAAGGCUGAGACAACAUGGGCACUAACAGUUCUUGGUUAUCUGGCAAAACUUGUUCUCGGAAUUUUAGGGUUGAUUGUUUCCGUGGUGUGGAUCAUUCAUAUUAUUAUCUACCUAUUAAUUGAUCCACCACUUUCUUCUUUCCUGAAUCAAGUUUUCAUCAAGCUAGAUGAUGUCUGGGGUCUUCUCGGCACUGCUGCAUUUGCAUUUUUCUGCUUCUACCUUCUCCUUGCUGUGAUUAAUGGUGCCAUGGUGCUUGGACUGAGACUAGUUUUUAUUACUAUACAUCCCAUGAAGUGGGGAGCAACUCUUAUGAACUCUUUUCUGUUUAAUGUGGGCCUUAUUCUUCUUUCUUCUAUUAGUGUGAUCCAGUUCUGCUCCACAGCUUUUGCCUACUAUGCUCAAGCAACUGCAGCCCAGGAAAUAUUUGGCCACACUUUGGAGUCUCUUCGAGGAAUUAAAUAUUUAUACAAGUAUAAUGUGUUCCAAAUUGCGUUUGUUAUUUUAGCUGGAUUGACCUUUGUGUAUUACGCUGCGUUUGGAUGGAGAAGAAAAACACCUAGUGGCAGGUUCCAAUUAUCUACAUAAGGGAGGGCGUGGCACAGCCUGGAGAAGCACUUUCUGGAGUGAGCCAUCGGAGAUUCCUUGCGUCAUACCCUUUAGAGUGGUUUUUAUAUUUGGAUGUGUUUUGGCCUAGUUUUGUUUCAUGUUGAAAUGUAUAGAGCAAACUGAUGAUCAUCUGAGUAGAACAAUUUGAUGCGGUGGAAUCGUUAGUUGGCUGCUACAGCUUCAUCUUUGGCCAUUGCUGCUUCUGUCGCCGUUGUAUGUAUUAUUCCUUUGUUUCAUUCUCACAUCCCAUUCUCAUUAUGUAAUUAAGCGUAUUAUUACGUCUGUGAAGAGUACCGGAUUCCUACAAAGCGUAUUAAAACCCUUGCCAAGAGAAAUUGUACGAGCAGGGUUUUUUUCUUUUUUUUCUUCUGUUUUAUGUUCAUACAUGUUCUUGUACUUCAUUCUUUGUAUAAUAGAUUUUCUUAGUUCGGCUUUCAGAA